AUGUCAAAAACACUUCCCCAAGACCUCAUCGCCGAAAUACUUUCUCCACUACCCACCAAGUCUCUGCUACGUUUUCAGUGCAUUUCGAAGUCAUGCUUCGCUCUAAUCAACAACCCAUAUUUCAUCAACAUGAAUCUCGAGCGUAGCAGUAGCAGAGAACGCAGUCUCAUUAUGGAAACAUCUACACAUCGGCCAAAAAAUUACUACUCGGUAAACUUUUCUAACGAGGAUCGGUUCGGAGAGCCCGUGAAGAUCUUCCCACCAUUAAUCCGGCGUCGAAAAAACCUCUACCACACCUCGAUCUCAGUGAUAGGCUGUUGCAACAGCUUGGUUUGCAUCCGCAAAUAUGAUCAAUAUCGUGGAAGCAACCAAGUUGCGAUUUGGAACCCGUCAAUCAAAAAACACAAGAAAUUGCCCAGUGAGCCUGAUCUAGACAAUGAUAAGCACAGCCUAUUCAAUUUUGCAUUUGGGUAUGACCCAGUCAACAACGAUUACAAGGUUUUAAAGACUGCAUUUGUGAAGAAUGUGAAACUUGAUAACUGGGGGCUUGAGCCUUCAUGGGCCAAUGCAAUUAUGCAGCCUAAAAAAAUUAUGGUAUACAGUCUGAAAUCACAUUCUUGGAGAAGAGUAGAAUAUCAAUGGCCUUACAAGGAGGAGUCAUUUAUUUAUUCAGGGCCGCCGGUUUUCUCCAACGGUACUUUUCAUUGGUUGGUUAAUAGUGCACCUGGAAUAAGUACCCUUCUCACAUUCGAUCUCACCACCGAGAAAUUCGGAGUGCAAACAUUUCCCUUCGAAUCAUAUUUGCAUGUGGAAUUAGAGGUUUUGGGAGGAUCGCUCUGUGUUUCUGGAAAUACUGUUGGCAAGGGCGUUGAAGUUUGGAUGAUGAAGGGGUACGGAUUGGCGAGCAGUUGGAGUCGGCUUUAUACGGUGCCUGUAACUUUCUUCUACCGCCGAUCACUAAUGUUUUCAAAGGACGGUGAAAAGGUUUUAAUGGAGGACGACUACUCUAAUAAAAUCUUUUGGUAUAACAUAAAAGAGAAGAAAUUCUGCGGGAUUGUUGAUCAGAAUGAUAAGCAUAUUUUCAAUAAAUAUGUUUGGACAGCGGAUUACGUAGAAAGCCUCCUUCUCCUAGAUGGUGAUAGUGAUAAUUGA